CUCGCCAGUCGCGGCAGAGUAUCACAGUAACUCCGUGACUCACCAUAGACAUACAUGGAGAAAAGUAGCUCUGGCUAGAAUGUUCUUCCACAAGACGCUUGCAGUUCUGUUUAUUAACCGCUAGAGGGCCAAAAAUCACGGACAGCAGCUUUAAGGGGCCAUUCAUCGCACAGAAUAUAUUUUUUUAUUCUUAUUUUAUAUUUGUAUUGCAUUACACAGAAUUCUAAAAACACAAGUCAGUCUUAUUACUGGGAGACACCAGCCUCUGCAGCUCUACCAUUGGAGGAACCGUAAACGGUCAACUUAGAUCAACAACACAAUGUGUUGGAAACUUAGAACUCUUUAAAGUCAGCAUGAAACUAAGUUAUGAUAGUCUUUUCUUCCCUAUUCUGUUCUGAUGUAUAUCCCAUGAAAAAAAAAAAAAACUUCUCAAACAAAGAAAAACAUGGGGUGGGACUUGAUUUUGUCCAUUUGGAACUGAUUGGAUGGUUCUGUUUUUCUAUUAAGGGAUCUCAUGUGACUGACAGGUUGCCCCGCCCUCACGCCAGUAAACAUCAUCAGAGAAGAGAAGUCACUGCAAGAGGAAGGCUGUGUUUGGUGUUGGGACCGCAGGAAUGGAGGGACCGUCUGUAACCCUACACGCUGAUGGACAAUAUAAACAAAUAACGUGGAUGUUUAGACAUGAGAAGUGGAUUAUAGCCAGUUGUAAUAUACGUGACACCCCACUGUGUGAGAUUACACUGGGGACAGAUGAACUGAUUAACAACUCAUUCAGAGACAGACUACAGACAGACGAUCAUGAUGGAUCUCUCACCAUCAAGAACAUCAGCGAUGAACAUGCUGGACUGUACACACUACAGAUCUUCAACAAAUCGAAUAAAAAAGAUGAGAAGAAAUUCAAUGUUAGCAUCUCUCCUCCCAAGACUGUCAACGACUCAAAAUGCUCAGAAUGUGUCCGGCAGUGUUCAGUGGAGAAUGCGACACGGGUGACUCUCUCCUGGAACAUCAGCAGCACUGCUCCAUUUCUGGAGGUGGAAUAUCAGGAUACCAAUGGAAACAGCUGUGAGGUGAACAGUUCAGUCACUGACCUGACUAAACAAGACUGUCAGUGCAUGAGUCCAAGAUCAGAUUCAGAAUCAGGUCUGAGCCCAUGGCUGAUAGGUGUGCUGGUGCUGCUGGGUGUUGCAGUAGUUGCAGCAGCAGCUGUGAUUUUUUACAAGAAUUUUUACAAGAAAUGUAAAGCAGAACAAAAUGGCAAGUAUUACCUACAGUCAACACAGAUUGUGUAAAAGUAGCCUUUAAACAUGUUUUUCUUAUUCUUUAUUUUUAUUAAUACCCAGGUUUUGUUUUUUACUGAAACCUUUUACUGAAUAUAAUGUAAUAUUAUUACAGUGCUCGUCAAUGCAGGGGUUUUUGGUUAAAUGCCUGAAAUGAGGUCUGUUUGUGAACAUAAGCUCAAGAAAUUUUCACGCUUUAUUCUAUGAUAUAAAAUACAUCAAUACCC